CAGAACUCCCCCGGCCCAUGAGGUGACAGCGGCACCGGGCAGAGCCCCCCGCACCCACUGACCCCCGCGACAGGGGACACCCCGGUCCCCGCGGCACGAGAUGGCGGAUUCCUAUACCUGUAAAGGUGGAAGGAAAACUGCGGGCUCUAACAAACCCACUGCCAGCAAAGAGAGCAGGACGGAGACGAGGAUAAACCCGCCUGCAGAGCUGCCCAAGCUGGGAAAUGCAACCAGUGACAAAACCGAAGGCAGGAAGAAAGGAAGACCCAAGGCUGAGAACCAGGCACUGAAAGACAUCCCUCUCCCCCUGAUGAACCAGUGGAAGGACGAAUUCAAAGCCCACUCUAGGGUGAAAUGUCCCAAUUCAGGCUGCUGGCUGGAGUUCCCCAGCAUUUAUGGCUUGAAGUACCACUAUCAGCGCUGCCAAGGGGGUGCAAUCUCAGAGAAGCUGACAUACUCAUGCUCAUACUGCGAAGCUGCCUUCACCUCCAAAACCCAGCUGGAAAAGCAUCGGCUCUGGAAUCACUUGGACCGGCCAGUGCCAGCCAGCAAAGCAGAAAACAAAGUGCCCAAGGCCAUUGGGAAGAGCAGUGGAAAGAAAAGACCUGCUGAGAGUUCAGCUUGCCCCACCAUCCAUCCCAAACAGGCAAAGAUGGAAAAAGCCGUGGCCCAGGAGCACGCGGAGAAUGGCGAGUGCCUGGCAGAGAGCCGGGAGAGCAAGGAGUUCCAGAUUGCAGCGGCUGAGGCGAUGGCAGCUGCCACCCCCACGGCCAAGUCCUCCAGUGGCAAGGAUGUCGGGCAGCAGCGGGGCAGCCAGGCCUCGCUGCAGGAGGAAGACCCUGAGAGGAUGAAGCACAGAAGGAAACAGAAAACUCCUAAGAAGUUUACGGGGGAGCAGCCAUCCAUCUCGGGGACAUUUGGACUGAAAGGUCUUGUCAAAGCAGAGGACAAAGCAAAAGCCCAUCGAGCCAAGAAGCUAGAGGGAAAUGCCAACAUGGAGGAGCUGAAAAAGAAACCUCCAGGAGUUGGUGUGAAGAAGGAAACGUCUGUGCAUCUACCAGCAGCAAGCCCCGAGGACCAGUGGCAGCGGGAGAUCAGCGAGAAGGGGGAAGUUUCCUGUCCAACCUGCAGUGUUAUAACCAGGAAGACUAUUGUGGGACUCAAAAAGCACAUGGAUGUCUGCCAGAAACUGCAGGAUGCCUUGAAGUGUCAGCACUGCAAAAAGCAGUUCAAGUCCAAAGCUGGGCUGAAUUACCACACCAUGGCUGAACACGUCAGCAAGCCUGUUCCUGUGGAAACCGCUGGACUUGGUGAACAGGAAGAGCGGGAAAGGCUGAGGAAAGUGCUAAAGCAGAUGGGAAAACUGAAAUGCCCCAAUGAGGGUUGUGUGGCAAACUUCUCCAGCCUGAUGGGCUACCAGUACCACCAGAAGCGGUGUGGCAAGCAGCUUGCCGAGGCCGACAAGCCCGUGUUCAGCUGCCCACACUGUGGCAAGAAGUACAAAUCCAAGGCUGGCCACGACUAUCACGUGCGGUCAGAGCACACAGCCUCGGUGAGCCCCCCGGAUGCCUCGGCAGCCCAAGGAGCGGGGCCAUCCCCCCCCGGGGGGGACUGCAGAGCCACGGAGCCUGCGGGCAGGACAGAGCCGGGCAAGGCCGGGCCGGGCAAGGCUCCAGAGGAGCCAGAGGUGAAGCCAGAGCCUGGUCCUGUAGAAGAUUUUGAGAGGACCCCGAGUGGCCGCAUCCGUCGGACGUCAGCCCAAGUAGCCGUCUUCCACCUCCAGGAGAUAGCAGAGGACGAGCUGGCCAGGGAUUGGACCAAGCGGAGGAUGAAGGAUGACCUGGUGCCUGAAACAAAGCGGCUCAAUUACACCCGACCAGGGCUUCCAAAGCUCAAUCCCAGGCUGCUGGAAAACUGGAAGAAUGAAGUGAAGGAGAAGGGCCGCAUCAACUGUCCUAACAAUUGCUGUGAAGCCAUUUAUUCCAGUGUCUCGGGGCUGAAAGCUCACCUGGCCAACUGCAACAAGGGGGACCACUCAGUGGGCAAGUACCGCUGCCUCCUGUGCCAGAAGGAGUUCAGCUCUGAGAGUGGCGUCAAAUACCACAUCAUCAAGGCUCACUCGGAGAACUGGUUCCGAACCUCCUCAGAGGCCAGCCGGAAAAAGAAAAACAGGGAACAGCUUUCUUCCAGCAAAGAGGAGAAAAAGAAAAGCACAAACGGGAAGAAAAGGGGGAGAAAACCCAAGGAGAGGCCUCCAGAAAUGUCCCCGAAGGGCAGAGAGAGCGUGACAGCAAAGACUAAUCACAAGAAAACCCUCGAGCACUGGGAAGGCUCCCGGGGCAGCCCCGAGGGAGACGAGCUCGUCCUCAAGCCCCCGAGCCAGCGAAAGGGAGGAGCCAGCAAGAUGCCCGAGAAAUGAGCAGCUCAGAGACUCGUCUCCGAGGAUUCGUUUACAGCCCAGGGUAACAGGGUGGGGGUCUCUCCCAGUUUUAUGUCCCCUCCUCCCCGUCCCACCUCCCCUUGCCCCACCCUCUUCUCACCCUCUUUUUACAAAAAGAAAGGAAAAAAAAAAAAAAAAAAAAAAAAAAAAAAAAAAAAAAAAAAAAAAAAAAAAAAAAAAAAGACAGAAAAUACCAAUUAACCACUUUAAACAAAUCACGGACCUUGUUUCACACUGGAAAACAAACAGGAUCAAGGAAGCUGGAGCGUUCUCCACCCCCUGCCCAUGUACAUACUCCUCGGUGGGGCCCCGCUGCCUCCCCCGGCCCGUGAUUCCCCUCCCCUGCGCAAACCUGGUGACGCUUGAGCGAAAGAGAAGUGCAAUAGCAGCGGGGUCCCGUGGGCAGGGACCCUCCCCCAGCGGCUCCGUGCCGGGCCGGGGAGCUGCCCACCUGUCCGGCAGCCUCCCAGCUCCAGGGUGAUGUUUCCAAAGAUGUUUGAGGCGGUCGGGCGGAGGCUCCGGGGUGCGGGGGAGUUGGCAGCGCUCUCUCCCCGCAGCCGCGGCUCCAGGGGGAAGGCGAUCGGCAGGGUUUGCGUGGUGCGAGGCACGGGAGGGAGCGGGACACACGCUGGUGGUGUGGGAGGUGUGAGCAGGAGAGGGGGUGCUCUGGGACUGGCUAGAGGGUUUAGUGGAAAGUUGUGGGAAUGCUGUGGGCACCGUCGAGAGUGGCAGUGCAGCCAUGGAGGGGGUGCGGUGAGGGAGCUGUUCCUCCGUGCUUAGGUUGUGUUUGCCGGGUCUGGAGUGCUGUGAUGACAAGAGACAUGAUGCCAGUGCCAGGGUCAGGGGGAGAUGGCAGCAAACAAGCUGUCCCCCGGCCUGGGGGCAUCCAGGGGUGAUUCAGGGUCCCACUGUGCUCCAUCCCGAAGGUGCCGAUCACCCGGGAGGGAGGAAUGGAGUCUCUGUUCCCCAGCUGUGGCCACAGGAGGUGUGUAACAGGGACAGGGGAGCAUCGAGAGACAAUCACGGCUCCUGCUGUAGGAUGAGCCCAGUUGCUGCCCAGGCAUCUCACGUUCCCCUUGUCCUUCCGGGCUGGGACCCACCAUAGAGAGGAGUCUCUGCUUCUAAAGAUGCGUCUGAGCCCCUGACCACCCACCUCGAGGUGGCAGGUCCCUGUGGUGCCAUCCCUGCUUGUGCUCUUCCCCAGAGUUGUUCUUUGCUCCUGUGCUGACACUGUCACCACACACCUCACUCCAGCCCGGGGGGAGCCAUCCCUGGACCGGGAUGUGCCCGUCUCCAGACAAAACCAGGCUACCUCGGUCCUUGGGAAACAGGCACGUUUCCUCUCAGUAACACAACAGAAAACCUUAAUUUGAUUUUUCCCCUAUGCAGAGCCAGGAAAGAGGCAUCAGAGGGGGAGCUUCUGCUUUUGCUUUAAUCAAUUCAAACCUCAGCCCUUGCUUUCCUUCACUGCUCCUUGUCGCCCACCAGAGGCUCGGUAUCAUUCCCUGCUCCAAGCAGCGGCUCAGUCAUUAUUAUCAUCCUCCACCGGCAGGCUAUUCCAGCCACGGAGGGGGAGCAGUGGUGGCUGAAGCCAGGGUGGCUUCUCAGGAAGCCAGGGCUCCUGCUGUGCUCAGCUCCAGCACCUGGAUCCACCAUCUGCAUUGCCCAGCUGGGCACAUGCCUGCAGCUGAGGGAACUGCCUGAGCAUUGCUGGCUGCGCCGGGCCGCGAGGCAAUUAGUGAGAAAGCUUAAUUAGUCACUGCAGCUCAGCCUGGUCGCUGCUUGCACUUCAUCGGAUCUGUGUUUGGAUGGUGUCACUGGGGUAGACCCUGCCUCCCUGGGGAAAGGAGAGAGCUUUGGGAGCUGUAGGUCAGCUUGGAACAGCUCACAGGCAGCAUCAGGAAGGGGAGCGCAGGCAGAGCUUGGGCCUGGCACUGAAAUCUCUGUGAGGGUGCAGAGGGAGCCUCUGGAUCCCAAAAUCAUCCCAAAAUCCUUCCCAUGGAGGGAAGUCCCCAGGAAAGCUCCAUGCCCUGGCCUAGGGAAGGAAGAUCUGGGUAGUCCAGGCUGCUGGCUUGGAUGCUCACCACACAAUCCUCACUGUCCCCCCGUGGGCAUGGUCUGGGACUCUGUUCUCAUUAACAUGCAAUUAAUUGGCUUCUCAUUGAUUAAAUUAACAGGCAGCACUGUGCUCUGCGGGGGAAGCCCUGGGAGCUGCUCAGGGUGGGGCAGACAUGGGAAAGGGCUGGCUCAAGGGGUCAUUGUGGGGUCUGGAUCAAAACCCACUCUGCUUCCGUAAUGAGAGUAUCUGGAAGGAGCAGGGACAGCUGCAGUGGCCUCGCAGAGUGACACCAGCCAGGAGGGGACACCGGGGACCGUCUGGGGUCUCAGGGCAGACAGUGGGAGCAGUGGUCCUGGCGCUGGGGCUGUCCCUGUCACCCUCAGAGCACCCACUGACCCAGUGAGGGCAGCACUGUGGUCAGGUCAGAAUUCUAUGAGAAAGUGAAAUCUUCAGGGCUUUUUCCCUCCCUGAAAAAGGUGUUUUCCCCACUAGCCAUCACUCAGAGAGGAACAUGUUCCCCCCACCACCUUCUCCAUGAGACAUCCUUUACUCUCCUGCUCGUCCAGGGAAGGUUCCACAGCAAUGCCAGGACCACCAGCCCCUGCCAGUGUCACGGCAGGUGAGCGGGCAGGGCCAAGUGACACCAUAGUGGCUUUGCUGGGAGCCAGUAGGUUGUGCCCCUUCAGGUGCUCCCAGCGAGGCAGUGCCCGGGGGGAAACCACCUUGAUCCAAAGGAACAGGCAGAGGCUGCAGGACCAGAUGGGGGACAAGGUGUCCUGUCCCCCUUCCAUCCCAUCACCCAUGGGAUUUGGGGAUUUUGUCACCCGGGGCACAGUGACACUGUGGUCCCGCACGUCCACUGUUGGGGAAACCCACCAUCCCAUCACCCAUGUCCCCAAGGAAAGGGCUAAACCUCCAUGGGAGCAGGCACGGACUGCAAGCCUGUGGGAAGACCUCAUGGAAAGCUUGGAUUGUGGGGAACUGGGGAACCCUCAGCACCAAGACCGCGCCCUGGCGAGGUUGGCUGUGUCUCACCAGCUCCAGCCACAGUGGUGGAGCUGCCCAGGCCUGGAGCAUCUCUCACCCCCAGGAACCUGGGGAGCAUUUUGUUCUUUUCUUUCUCUCCUCGUGACACCCAUCCCACGGCAUAUCCGAAUGUUUCUCGUUGAUGCCAGUUAUUAGUGCAUAAGUGUAUUUUGGGGAAAAAAUUAAAACAGAAAAAAACAAAAAAAAUAAAAGGAAAAAAAAAUUUUCAAUUUAUCACUUGUAACCAUAUAUAUAAAUAUAUAAAUAUAUAUAUUAAAAAGUGUUUAUUUGCAAAAAAUAAAAUUGUUUUAACGGUAAACUAUCUUAUAAUAAACUCCCGAUUUGUGAUGAUCUGUUCUUUUGUUAAUCAUUGACAAAUCCUCAGUUGGAGAGUACUGUCCGAGCAGCUCCGAGCAGCCGAGCAGCGCCAAGGCGCUUCCUGUACUGUAUGUAUGAAACAGCUGUAUCGAAUAAAUGGUUAUUGAUUUUUUAUUA